AUGGGGAGAUGCAACGGGCGAUGCACGCUGGUGGGAUUCUGCUGCCUGCAGCUGGUCGCUGCUCUGGAGAGGCAGAUCUUUGAUUUCCUGGGAUACCAGUGGGCCCCCAUCCUGGCCAACUUCCUGCACAUCAUGGCCGUGAUUUUGGGUAUUUUUGGGACCAUCCAGUACAGAUCCAGAUACCUCAUGAUGUACGCGGUGUGGUUGGUGCUGUGGGUCGGCUGGAACGCCUUCAUCAUCUGCUUCUACCUGGAGGUCGGGCGCUUGUCACAGGACCGAGAUUUCAUCAUGACCUUCAACACGUCCCUGCACCGCUCGUGGUGGAUGGAGAACGGCCCUGGCUGUCUGGUGACGCCGGUGCUCAACUCUGCGCUGGCUCCCGAGGAUCACCACGUCAUCACGGUCAGCGGCUGCCUGCUGGACUACCAGUACAUCGAGGUGGUGAGCAGCGCCACGCAGAUCUUCCUGGCGCUCUUCGGCUUCGUCUACGCCUGCUACGUCAGCAAAGUGUUCCUGGAGGAGGAGGACAGCUUUGAUUUCAUCGGCGGCUUUGACUCCUACGGGUACCAGGCACCCCAGAAGACGUCGCACCUGCAGCUACAGCCGCUCUACACCUCGGGAUAACCGGAGCCAGCGGCGCCAGGACCCCGCGGUGUCACCACCCCCUGAUGCCACCACCCCCGGCGCGACGGGGCCACCACCCUGCUGCAGCCCGGGACAUGGCGGGGGCUGUGCCACCCCCUGGGCACCCCCUGCCCG